CUUGCCGUGAGCAGGGGGGUGAACGUCAAAACAGCCUCCGAUAACAACACCGAGUCCGAUUGUGCAUCAUAAUUUGCGAUUGUAACGCGUCCUUCGAGGGUCAUUACAUUUAUUUAAUUGGAAUUAAUCAGCCAUAAAGUUUUUAAAAAUCAGUUGUUUGGGAAAUCGAUGACUGGGUGUGUACCUCUCCAUAGACGUGGUGAAACCCGACGAACGUUCCAUUUUCAGGAACCGCAGAAGAUAGUAGCGAUACACUGAAAAUAUGAAAGAGACGUGAGGGGAUUAUUAUGGGAGAGAUCAAGGAAUAAAAUGCUUUCAAACUGACAAUCAGAGCGAAGACAAUCCGAGUCUGCAGCGUGCCGAUCACCCCCCACCCCCCACUCCUGAGUGCGACAUCGCCCCCACAGCAUCACCAAUGCGACCAUGGGAAAUCGCGGUGAAUAGGCGGCCACCAACAGCCCCCUUCACUCAGAGAAGGUUCCCAGGGGAGCCCUGCACUCCUCCACUGCACCUCAGGAGAAGUCCUCCCGUGAGACACCAGUGGGAGCGUCGAGACAGACCCCUCCCACUCAGCGGCCCACACCAGGACGAAAACUUCCACCACCCUCUCCUGUCCCAGCAACAGCAGCAGAUAUUAGAUGAGUCGCGACCGUACGGCCACAUCAGCGCUCCUCCACGAAUGCUGCACCCUGUGGCACACCCGCCUCAGCAGAACCCCGUCAUGGUGGACCUCCACGAGCAGAUUCACCAGGGACCUGUCCCAAUUUCGUACACGGUCACCACGGUGACGACCCAUGGUUUUCCUCUCCAUGCUGCCCAGCCUAUCCCAGGAUGCAACACUCAGCAGCUCCCAGCAUGCUCGCUGAUUCAGGCGUGUACAAUGCAGCACUUUCCGCUUUCUUAUCAGGCCUUUCAGCCUCUGAUCACCGGGGAGCAUUUCAUACUGCACCCGCCUCCGCCCGUGCCCCCCCACCAGCAGCCGCACCUUGCCCCGCUGGGCCAGUUCGUCCCCCUGCAGACCCAGCACCCCCGAAUGAGGUUAGGUAAUGAGGCGGAGUUGAGAGGGGACCAGCACCAUGUAGGGGGAUUCUCCUACCCCCCUGCCCAUCACCCACCAGCACUGCCUCCAUCUGUCCCCCUCCCGUACCUAUCCCAUGAUCCUCUACACCAGGAACUGCCCUUUGGAGUGCCAUAUCCACAUAUGCUUCCACGUCGUGUCAGUGGGCAGAGAUACCGACUACAGCACCCUCCGCCCCCACCCCCUCCCCCUCCCGCUUACUACCCUAGCUUCCUGCCCUACUUCCUCUCCAUGCUUCCUGUGCCUCAGACUGCAGUGGGUCCUGCCAUCAGCCUGGACCUGGAUGUGGAUGAUGUGGAAAUGGAGAACUACGAGGCAUUGCUGAACCUUGCUGAGAGGCUGGGGGAGGCCAAACCUCGUGGGCUGACCAAAGCUGAUAUAGAGCAGCUUCCGUCCUACAGGUUCAACCCAGAGAGCCACCAGUCAGAACAAACCCUGUGUGUUGUGUGCUUCAGUGACUUUGAGUCUAGGCAGCUACUUCGAGUGUUACCCUGUAACCAUGAGUUUCACGCAAAGUGUGUCGACAAAUGGUUAAAGACCAAUCGCACUUGCCCGAUCUGUCGAGCUGAUGCGUCAGAGGCCCAUCGGGACGUGGAGUGAAACUGGGUCAUGGUUCGUCCAAUGGAGAAGCAGCAAAACAAAUGGGGUUUGUUCCAUGUGGAGACAGGGUACACCUGUAGUCUGCACCGCUGUGACCCCCUGCCACCACUCCCCACCCCCUCCC